GAUUUUAUACUAAUAAAGAAGAUAAAAGAAUUCUGAGAACUAAACCAUGUAGAAACAGUCAAUAAACCAGACAGGCAGAGGGACCCAGCAGAGACUAACAAAGCCUGUAAGUCAUCACAUUCCAUUAGAAACAUCCAGAUGAAACCAGAUGAAAAAGCACAACAACUACUCCUAAACAACUGCUGGGACCACUGGACUCAGAAACACAGCAAGAGACCAUAUUGAAAUAUGGCUCAAAGUGACUUCCUCUAUCCAGAGAACCCAAAAAGGCGACAAGAAGUAAACCGUCUUCACCAGGAGCUCCUUGACUGCUUAUCUGACAGCUUCCAUGCCACCAAUAAGCUGAUUGGGGUUUUAAACACGCACUUAGGGUGUAUGUUACCUUCCAUUGAAAUGAAAAGAGACGGGACCAUCAAAGAAAACUGUGAUAUCAUCAUCCAAGCCAUGAUGAACAUCCAAAAAGAAUUGCAAAAGGUGGAUGAAGCACUAAAAGAUAAACUAGAGCCAACUCUUUAUAGAAAACUUCAGGAUAUUAAGGAAAGAGAAACCGAGAAAAUUGCGAUAGUACAGAAGGUUAUUUCAGUCAUCCUGGGAGAAGCCACUUCUGCCGCCAGUGCAGUGGCUGUUAAACUUGUGGGCUCAAAUGUCACGACUGGCAUAAUUAACAAGUUGGUCACCGUGCUAGCUCAGAUUGGUGCGUCUCUCCUCGGUAGCAUAGGAAUCGCUGUUCUUGGCCUUGGGAUAGAUAUGAUCAUCCGUGCCAUCCUGGGAGCAGUGGAGAAAACACAGCUUCAAGCAGCCAUCAAAAGUUACGAGAAGCACCUGGUGGAAUUCAAGUCAGCUUCAGAAAAAUAUCAUCAUGCCAUUACUGAGGUCACCAACACAGUGAAACAUCAAAUGAAAUAAAAUUACUUUAUU